CAUUUCCGGAACCAGUUGCGCUGCCAUGGUGUUCUUGAACACACCCCUCCACUCUCCCGGGUCACUCUCCGCACUCACACGGCGCCACUACUUCCGGUUUCUGUGUUGUAGUUACACACGUUUUCAUCGAGAGUGUGUGGCGGCACCUUACGUGUUUGUGUAGAAAGAAGUUGACUGUGCAGCAGCAGCAGCGUGGAGGAGGCAGAGACCCGAGGCUACACAGCGGACAUGUCGCGCGGCAUGGAAGAAACCAGGGAUAGUAAUCUAUACAUUGACAGUGACUCGGACACAGCAGAGAAGACUGAUCCUCCCAAGUUGAGAGUCAAAUGGAGUCAGGAGGAGGAUGAAAAUCUCAAAAUUCUGUUCAGCAAAUUUGAGGACGAUUGGAGAACCAUCGCCUCUGUUUUACCCGGGCGGACAGAAAUCCAGUGUAGGCGCCGCUGGCAUUAUCGUCUGAAUCCUGAUAUAGUGAAAGACAACUGGACCAAAGAGGAAGAUGAAAAGAUAGCAGAGAUGGUGGGCAUGUACGGCACCAGACAGUGGUCUUUUAUUGCCAAGUGCUUAAAAGGGCGGUUGGGGAGAGAUUGCCGUUUGCGCUGGCACAACCACCUUGACCCACUGCUCAAUAAGAACCCCUGGACCAAUGAAGAAGACCUAAUCCUCUACAAAGCCCAAUCCGUUCUAGGGAACAAGUGGGCUGAGAUUGCCAAGCUGCUCCCUGGAAGGACAAACACGUCUGUGAACAAUCACUGGAACUUCAGCAUGAAACAUAAGGUGGAUCUGGGCCUGUUCAAAUAUGCUGCUGAAAGCAUUUCCCUUGAUACUCAACCGUCUGCGGAAGGAACGGUCAGGAAGAACUCCGAACAGGAGGCGGCUGGUUCACCUCCAGAAGCUUUGGCCUCGUGGGGACAGGUCUCCUCUCCGAGUCCCCCCUUGUCCCCCAGCACGAGUUCCAGUCCCAGUUCCAACUCAGGUGCUCCACCAGCAGCCACGGCGGUGGACCAGAAAAAGUUUGUUGAUGCAGCACUGAGGAUGAUCGCUGAAGACAUGCUGCCAUUCAGUUUUUUGGAAGGCGCAGGCUUUAGGAAUUUUGUCAGUUCCAUUAGCCCUGAAUACAACAGGCUAUCCCAGCGUGCCAUGGGCCUGCAGCUUUACAAUGAUGUGGAAAGAACAAUCAAGCCUCAGCUGAUCCGUGACUUUAAAGCCUGCCUUGCAAGCACCAAAGAUGGUGAGAACACCAUUCAUGCCACGUUUGACCUUUGGGCUGGGAAUGAGUCCCAACCAGUGGAGGAGCCCAUCGUCGUCGUGCAGCUCCACUUUGUCAGUGAUUCCUGGCAGAUCCGCCGUCCCAUCGUGGCUUUCCGACAUCUACGCCACAAAAACCUCAGUGCCGCUGUGGCCAGAGAGGCCGAAGACGUGCUGCUCAGCUACGGCAUAUUUCCUCGGAGCAUCGGCUACAUCCUCACCAACCAGGCCAAAGAAACCUUGUCAGAGAACAAGUUGUUCUGCGACUACAAAAUCAUCUGCUCCGCCAACAAGGGAGAACCAAAUGGGAAGGAGACAGUGACAUUUUUGUCCAACCAGAUGCCAGAAACCGAGUCCCCUUUUUCAGAGCUGCAGAUCGGGAAAAGGAUCACCUGUGUGGCCAGGUCACUGCAGCUAGUGAUCAAGGAGGCACUGAAGAAUUCCAGAGUGGUGGAGAACCUGCUCUUACAGGUCAACAACGUAGUGACUUUCUUUAGGAGAAGCGCCUACUGGAGUGAGGUUUUGUUGAGGGAGUGCAACGUGUCUCUGUGCCCUUCUUCAAUUAGUUGUCGCUGGAACUCCAUGAUGCUUUAUUUACGCCGCAUGGUACAGGAGUCUGCCUGGAGCGCCAUUUUAAAGGUCCUUGCCCUGGCCCGCAUAGAGGCCAGCGACACAGCCAGCGCCCCUCCAUUGAUCAUGGUCAAGAGGGAGCAAGUUUUUGACAUCCUGAGUCUCCUUGAGCCCUUUGAGGAGGCCUUACAGGUCCUGCAAGGAAAUGGUGUGACCAUAUCUUUCAUCAUACCCUCCCUCGUUGGACUGGAUAAAACCUUGGAAAGCAGUGUCACCAACUACAUCCACUUCAACAAGGCUCUGCGCACAGGCCUCUACACACGAUUCCAAUCCCUAAUUCACCAGAGGGACAUGAUACUCGCUGCUGUGCUUAACCCUAGGAUCAAAAUGCAGCCGUUUGCUGAUGUCAAACUGGAAAACAAGACAGGUUUCCUGUCUCCUCCAACAAAGCACAAUGCUCACACCAUCAUGGAAACCACAUUAGAAAGCAUGGGGGCCUCAGUAUAUCCCUCUGUGCAAGCAGAUAAAUACCAGAUCAAGAAGGAGUUUAAACAAGAGCCGGAUGACCAAGAGGAGAACCAGACCAACACACCAAUGGAGGCAUCUGGUGCCCGCGAAGAUGAAAACAACUGCGAUGGAGUCAGUGGAAAUGAACUCAAGCGCAAGUCCACCUUCAACUUCCUCCAACUGCCUGCAAAGACCAUGAAGUCUGAGUCUGAGCUUGAUAUGUACCUGGCUGAACCACAGUGCGAGAGCAACUCCAGUCUACUGUUUUGGAAAUCUGCUGAUCGGUUUCCCAUGCUCCAGGGCAUCGCCAAGAAGCUGCUGGCAGUACCGGCCACCUCAGGCGGCUUUGACAGACUCUUUCCAAUGGCUGCAUGUAUUGUAAGAGCCAAGAGUAACCAUCUUCCACAUCACACCACAGAGAGACUGCUUCUAUAUAAGGACUCCACAAAGACUGUUAAAAAGCACAAUGGGGCCAGUAAACACUGAUGGAUCCAGUCAUUAAUGGCUCUGGUAGAUCUGUUCUCCAUACUCACUGUUUUAUGCUAGUCACAUCACAUUAAACAAAAACUCAGCAUCCGCUAAACUGUAAAUGGUGCUUGCACAUCCACAAUCUCUCCUAACAUUAAAUUAACCUGAGUGUAAUUUCAACUUUGUUGUUGUUGGCAACAGCAACAAACUGAAAUUGAAAAGUGCAAACGGAAAAGUCUGAAUGAAAAAACAAGAUGUAAAACCAGUGGCCUACUGUCAGAGCUCAGAGUAUGGGCUCAGAUGAUUGAAAGUAAAAAGCAGCAUAUUUUUGCCUUCACAGAGUACUUAACCUUUAUUGUUAAAACAGAAUUGGAUAGACUUGUGAAACUGUAUUCCCAAGUUUGAUUCAUGCCUAAAGAAGGUUCAGGCCAGAGGAGUGAACAGGGAUUUGCAUUUUGCAGCUUUUUCAGUUCAGACUAAAAUGAGUUCCUCUGAAGACCUCAUGCUGUCACUUCUGUUUCACAGACAAAGGAGGAGAUGAAUUAAUUUUAAUUCAUCUGAAUCCUGAUGUGUAAAAUCUGAAGUUGUCUGUCUCCCACAGAAAAACACAAAUCUGCUGUAAAACCAUCAAAAUAAUUUUAAAGAUGCUUAAAUCAGAUUUAAGCAUCUUUGCUACACAUCAACUGUUUUCUCUUGAUGGAGAAAUGUUCUCUCCUCUCUUCAGCAGGUCAGUCAACAGCUGAUGAUUUUAAUGUUUGUAAAAACUUUUUUAUGAGUUGUACUUUGUUGGCUCAUGACAGUGAACUGAAUGAGAACGCAAUGUCUUGUUUGUUCAUAUCUUUCAUUUUAUUGGCCGUCUUGUCGAGAUGCAAAUGGCUUUCUGAACAGUUUUCCUCCUGUUUCUGAGGAUGUUUUCCUGUUGGAAAAAAUCCUCUACAUCCCAGUUUCAUUCAUUCUCUACAAUCUAUGGUUUGGCUGUUGUAGAUUGGCAGGGUUAGACGGUUAGAAACAAACUAAAGUUCACAUUGAAUAACAGUUGACUGAUUUUGUUUGUAGACACUGGUUUAAACUUCAGUCAUUUUGUUUCUCCACAUGGAAGUACCCAGAGAAUGUUUGUGUACGAAAUAUUAAGGACAUUUUUUUCUCUACAGUUUCUUUACGGCCCAGUGUUUUCAUUCAUGUCAGAGAAGUUUUCUUUUUUGUAACAACACCAUGUGGCUAAGAAUAAAACUAAUGCUGCAAUCAGCUGGGAAUAGUGA